AUGGCUGCUCUAAUCGCGUGUUUUCAAUUCUUGACAUCGUCACCUCGAGCAAAGGCGUGGCUAAAGAAGCAAUUGAUUCAAUUGGACUUGUACGAGACAAGAGUUGGUGAAGUAAAAGAUGUUGUGGAGAAGCUCAAGAACAAGAGAGAUGCUAUUCGGCAUACAGUUGAAGAGGAAGAACGCCGACAUGGAAGAAGAAUUCACGAUGAAGUUAAAGAAUGGAUGGAGAGUGUGGAUAAACUCAUUCGGGCAUAUGAGGAUUUCCACAAUGAUGAAAUAUGCCAUAAAUGUGCGGUGUUUGACUUUUUCGACAGUGGUUACCUUCCGAAGCCAGGGAUAAGGUAUCGUCGAAGUAGAAAAGCAAAUGAGAUCACAAAGCAGGCAAAUGGGUUGCUGCAAAAUGCAAAGUUUGACAUUUUAUCUUAUUGGUCUGGCCCACCCUCCAUGGCUACCUUUUUUUCAAACCUUGGUUAUGAAAGUUAUUCAUCAAGAAAAGAAACCGUGAAAAAGAUUACUGCUGAAUUUCAAAAGCCAGAUGUUAGAAUGAUCGGUCUUCAUGGGUUGAGUGGCGUUGGCAAGACAUCUUUAGUCAAAGAGGUUGUGAAGAAAGCCUUGAAAGAUAAGAUGUUCGAAGUGGUGACCAUGGCAAGUGUGACAAAAAACCCUGACGUAAGAAAAAUCCAGGGACAAAUUGCUGAUAUGUUGGGGGUUGUAUUGGAGGAGGAAAGUGACAUUGCAAGAGCUGCUAGGAUACACCAGAUAUUGAAUAAUGAGAAUAAUAGCACGCUCAUAAUCCUAGACGAUCUUUGGGAACAAGUGAACUUCAACUUGCUGGGGAUUCCUUGUGAAAUAGGGAAAGAAGAUGGCGUAACAAAUGUCCAAGGAAAAUCCCUUGACGUUGAUAGCUUGAAGAAUGUUAGUGAUGGAAAAUCCCUUGAUGUUGAUAUUUUGAAGAAUGUUGUCGGUGAUGGAAAAUCCCCCAUCCUUGGUAGUUCGACAAGUUUUAGAAAAGGAAUGUUACAAGGAGCUGAUGGUUCUAAGAAUGUAAAUAAAGGAAAAUCCCUCGGUACUGCUGAUUCGGUAAAUGUCAAGAAAGGAGGAUUCCUGGGUGGUAGUUUGAAGAAUGUCAAUGAAGGAAAAUCCCCCCUUGAUGCUUCUGAACGAGUUAAAGCAGAAAAUUCUGUUCCUCAGUACAAAGGGUGCAAGAUUUUGAUGAUUUCUGAAAUUAAACAAGUGUUAUUAAGUCAAAUGGAAGGGAAAGAAGAGUGUAUUUUCCCCGUGGAAAUCUUAAAGGAGGAGGAAGCAGAGAAGUUGUUCAAGAAAAAGGCAGGAAUAAGUGGUAAGAAUUCUGAAUAUGACAAAUUAGCAGCUCAAAUUGCUAGCAAGUGUAAAGGGUUGCCAAUGACAAUAGUUACGACUGCAAGGGCAUUGAAAAAUAAGAGUCUUUCUGUAUGGGACGAAACUAAUCGAAAAUUUGAAUCUCAAAAGUUAACUGGAGCACCUGAAUUUUCUACGAAGUUGAGUUAUGAGCUCUUAGAAGAUGAGGAUCUCAAGUACACUUUCUUGCUUUGUGCUCGCAUGGGUCAUGAUGCAUUGAUUAUGGACUUGGUGAAAUAUUGUAUUGGUAUCGGUUUUCUUCGAGGAAUCAACACAGCAAGGCAAACCAGAGACAGAGUAUAUACAUUGGUCGCAAAGUUAAAAGAGUCAGGUCUGUUGUCUGACAGUUAUUCAAGUGACCAUUUUACCAUGCCAGAUACGGUUCGCAGAGCAGCUUUGUCCAUAGCACAUAAGGGAAAUCAAUUGUUUACAAUGACAAAGGGAAAGCUAGAUGAAUGGCCCGAUAAACUUGAAAGGUAUGCUGCAAUUUCAUUACAUCAUUGUGACUUCAUUGAAGAUUUUUCUGGGAGAAUAAAGUAUCCAAGACUUAGAGUCCUUCAAAUUGUCAAUAAUAUUCCACGCCCGAAAAUACCCAAAAACUUCUUCAAAGGAAUGAAAGAACUUAGAGUGUUGAUAUUGACUGGUAUUCAUCUCCCCCUCAUUGAUUCUUCAUUUUCAUCCUUGCAUAAACUUAGAAUGCUUUGUUUGGAGCAAUGCUGCAUGCUAGAUGAGGAGUUAUCCAUCCUAGGAGGGCUGAAAAAGUUAAGAGUUCUUAGUUUUUCAGGAUCUGAUAUUAAAAGUUUGCCAGGCGAGUUGAAUGAGCUAAAAAUGCUACAAAUUUUUGACAUAAGUAAUUGCUCUAAACUUAAAAAAAUUCCACGUGGUGUCAUAUCUAGCUUGGUAAGUCUGGAGGAGUUGUAUAUGAGAAAUACCUCGAUUCAAUGGGAGGAUGAAGAACAAACAUGUCAAAGUAAAACAGCUCUUCUUUCUGAUUUGAAACAUUUGAAUCAAUUGACAACUCUAGACAUACAAAUCCCAAAUGUUUCGUAUUUGCCAAAGAAUUUGUUUUUUGACAAGUUGGACAGUUACAAGAUUGUUAUUGGAGAUUUGAGUUCAUUUUUAGAGACUGGUUUCCAGAUGCCAGAGAGAUAUGAAACAUUGAAAUUUUUGGCUGUACAACUGGAAAAUGGAUCUGACAUUCAUUCUCUAAUGGGGAUAAAAAUGCUGUUUGAAGGAGUUGAAAAUUUGUUUCUAGAACUCAAUACUGUCCAUGAAAAGCACAAUAGUGUCCGUGAAGCCCGUAAUAUUGUCCAUGACCUUUUUUAUAGAUUGAAUUUAAAAGGAUUUCCAUAUCUCAGACAUUUGUGGAUUGUAAAUAAUUCUACCAUUCAAUCUCUCAUACAUCCAAAGGACAGGCAGCACCCUGAGAAAGCUUUUCCAAAAUUGGAGUCAUUGCAUCUCUAUAAUCUCAAGAUGGAUGAAAUAUGCUCAUGUAAACUUUCAGAACCCUCCUUUGGUAAACUGAAAGUCAUUAAGAUCAAUCUCUGUGGUGUAUUGAACAGUGUAUUCUCAAUUUCCAUGGUUGGACUUUUAAAAGUUCUAGAAACAAUUGAAGUUUCUGAAUGUAGCUCUUUGAAGAAAAUUAUCAAUGUGGGACCACCAAUCAACCUUGAAAAUACUGAGCUUCUUAUGCUUCCUGAAUUACGCUAUUUGAAGCUACAAUCUUUGUCUGAGUUUAUUGGGUUUGAUGCCAUUCCUCCUAUAGACCAAGGGGAAAGAAAACUCUUCCAUGAAAAGGAAAGAGUUUGUAAAGAAUUAAACUUUAAAAAGAGAAGAAGGUUGGAGUUUCAAAAUUAG